AUGGCGAUGAACUUCGUGACGUUCAACCAGGACUACAGCUACCUGGCUGUUGCCACCGCCAAGGGAUUUCGCAUUUUUACUACAGAUCCCUUUGCUAAGAGCUAUGAAACCAAGGAAGGAAAUAUUGCGGUGAUUGAGAUGCUCUUUUCGACUUCGUUAGUGGCACUCAUCCUUUCGCCUCGCCGAUUACAAAUUACGAACACCAAGCGCCAGUGUACAAUAUGUGAAUUGACAUUCCCGACAACGGUUCUGGCUGUUAAGCUGAAUCGCAAGCGUCUCGUUAUUGUGCUGGAAGAUCAGAUCUACCUCUAUGACAUCCAAACGAUGAAGCUUCUAUCCACGAUUGAUACGUCGCCCAACCCGCACGCUAUUUGCGCACUAGCACCAUCGUCGGAUAAUUGUUACAUGGCCUACCCUUUGCCUCAGAAGGCCCCUGCGGCAGUGAAGCAACCGGCUCAUGCACCACCAGGGACAACACAUGUUUCACCUACAACCGGAGAUGUGCUCAUAUUCGAUGCAGAGAAGCUGGAAGCUAUAAAUGUCAUCGAAGCUCAUCGGUCUCCCUUGGCAUGUAUUACUUUAAACAGCGACGGAACCUUGCUCGCCACAGCCUCAGACAAAGGAACUAUCAUCCGUGUCUUCUCGGUCCCUGAUGGACAUAAGUUGUACCAAUUCCGACGUGGCUCCAUGCCUUCAAGAAUCUACAGCAUGUCCUUCAACACCACCUCCACAUUACUUUGUGUUUCUUCUUCUACGGAGACUAUCCAUCUAUUCAAACUGGCUCAGCAGGGGCCUGCAUCGGACCAAUCUUCGGCGCAUUCGCCCGUCGGUCGCAAUGCCAGCCUUGGAGCUAGCUCGUUUGGAAGUGGGCAAGAUGAAGAUGAGAACGCUGAUCCGGACCUGGCAGCUAGAAAACAUAACGGCACUCUGAUUGGAAUGCUCCGACGAACAUCUCAAAACGUUGGAGGCGCCGUUGCCGCUCGCGUUGGUGGAUAUCUUCCCAAGGGCGUCAGUGAAAUGUGGGAACCAGCUCGGGACUUUGCAUGGAUCAAAUUGCCACGAUCGCAGACUCCCGCUGCGCCGGGGAACACCGGUCCACUUAGAAGUGUUGUUGCUAUGAGCAAUAACACACCACAGGUGAUGGUUGUGACCAGCGAUGGAAACUUUUACGUGUUCAAUAUCGACUUGUCAAAAGGUGGAGAGGGAACCCUCACCAAACAAUAUUCAGUGGUCGAUUCGAACGACAGGCUGGGGACACUGGAUUACUGA